CUUGGUUGAUCACAUCAUUAGGAAAAUUAGUCCCUCAAUAAUGAACUUCCUUGAACUUGGAAGCAUCUGUCAAGUAGGAAUUCAUCAAUUCAAACAAGUAAAAGCAAGAAGAAACAGCCAAUAAUAAUACUUGAAACUUGGAAGCAAUAAAAGAAAAAUCUCCAACUCCUUCAAAGAAAUCCUGCCAAAAAAAAAAAUUCUUGCAAAAAUAAAAUAAAAUCCAUGGCCACACCAUAUCUCUUCCUCUUAUCAAAACCACCACCACCACCCAAAGCUUUUCUCCUUCCACAUCAAAAAUCCUUACCCACAAACAAAAUUCUACAACUGAAUUUACCAAAAACAUCAAGCAUUAUUACUUGUUCAUCUUCAUCCAAAAAUGAAGGAAAACCACCACCACCCCCACAACCACCAGUGGCAUGUCCUGUUCCAUUUGACCAACAACCCGUAAAUGAAUAUCAAAACCUCACCAGUUCUUUCCCAUAUUCAUGGGCUUCUACUUCUGAUUUAGUCGAGUACUAUUCUCGGUUUUUCGUCUCCGGUGCUUGUUUUGUUCUAUUCAUUGGUCUUCCUGUUUCUUGGUUUGGUGUUGUGAAUCCUGAAUUACAGCCACCUCUCAAAUGUGUCUUUAGUGCAUUAUCAAGUGGUUUAUGUGUUGCCACUAUUGCUGUUCUUCAUAUUUAUCUUGCCUGGGCUUAUGUCGGCAAUCGCCUUCUUAGUGCCACAGUUGAAUAUGAAGAAACUGGUUGGUAUGAUGGUCAGAUAUGGGUGAAGACUGCUGAAGUUUUAGCUCGCGAUCGCCUUUUGGGUUCAUUUUCGGUGAAGCCAGUAUUGAACAGAUUGAAGUUCACACUAGUAGGACUUGCAGCAUCUUUGGUAAUAUCUGUUUUUCUGCUUGUCAAUGUUGGAAGUAGUUAUAACCCAUAUCUUCCAUCUGAAGAAGCCGGGGGACGGUCAGUAGCCGGAGUUUAUAACGAUGAAUCUGCUAGAUCAUUUGAACCAGAUGCAUUCUGUGAUAUGGGUGAAGACUGCUGAAGUUUUAGCUCGUGAUCGUCUUUUGGGUUCAUCUUCGGUGAAGCCAGUAUUGAACAGAUUGAAGUUCACACUAGUAGGAUUUGCAGCAUCUUUGGUAAUAUCUGUUUUUCUGCUUGUCAAUGUUGAAAGCAGUUAUAACCCAUAUCUUCCAUCUGAAGAAGACGGGGGACGGUCAGUAGUCGGAGUUUAUAACGAUGAAUCUUCUAGAUCAUUUGAACCUGAUGCAUUCUGUGGUGAGUCUGGUUCAACACAAUAGCACACUUCAAGAAUACUUUAGUCUUGUUGCAUUAUUGUACAAUCUAAUUAAAUCAUACAAAAAUUAUAGUGUAGAAUAGUUAGAAUUAACAUUUCUUUGAAAUCCAACUAGUGCGCAUGGAAGAGAAAAAAGCUUCAAACUUUACCCUGAUAAAUCAAAAGCUGUUGUAUGUAUAAUGCUAGUCCUCUUUAUAUAUAUGAAAACUAAAGCCUUUAAAAUAA